GAAAUAUCUGGUUCUGACAAUCGAACUGCUGAUGACAGAUCUAAAAAUCAAAAGUUCCUCGAUAUAUUACAAGCUUCAGCUAAAUCCAAUAAACCUAUUUAUCUUAUGUCGAAAGAAGAAUUAGCUCAACUACAUAAGAAAGCAGAAUAAUGGCUACAAGAGAACAGGAUAAAAUUAGUCUGAUUUUCAAACGAGACAGUGAGAGAAAAGAAAAUAUCAAGAAACAAAAGGACUUGAAGGAAUUAAAUAGUGCACAUAAUGAAAAAAUAGAUUAUUUCAUAGAAGAGUUUUCAACUAAAUGCUCAGAAAUUGAAAAUCUUCAGAAAAUUUGUUCCAAUGUAUCGGCUUGUGAAUUAGCUGAACAUUUCAAUGUUAUAUUCAAAAAGAUAUCAAUAUUGCAGAAAUAUGUGGCCGAUUCUAACUUAUUUUUAAGGACAUAUGAUAUUAAAAAAUGUAAUGAUAUUCUUCACCAUUUAACUGAGAAAACUAAAGAACUUGAGGAUAAUCUUCUUCCAAAAAAAAGGUUUGGAUUUAAGAAUAAAGCAAGAUUAACAAGUAAAGCUGAAAAAGAAACUAUUACAAGCAAAGAUGUUACUGAUUUUGCUGGUAAAUCUUAUAAACUACAAUUGAGUGAUGUCAACUCUGUAGGAUUUUCAAAUAAAUCAAAUGAAAUUUUAGAUCUGGAGAAUGAAGAAAUUUUCAAGAAAAACAUUGAUGUGUUUGAUUCUUCAGAUUGUACUUUCAAAAUUCUAGGUUCACCUUCUACUUUACAUUUGCACGCCUUGAAGAAUUGUGUAGUUAUAUCCGGUCCAGUAUCUACUUCUAUAUUUGCUUCAAACUGUGAAAAUUGUACUUUAGUAAUAGCUUGUCAGCAACUCCGUUUGCAUAGUUCUAAACAACUAAAAAUUUAUCUACAUGUCACAAGCCGUGCUAUAAUUGAAGAUUGUUCUGAGAUUUUAGUUGCACCCUACAAACUGAAAUAUAAAAAUAUUGGGGAGCAUUUUGAAAAAUCUGGUCUGGGCACUUCGAACAACUGGCAGAGUAUUGAUGAUUUCAACUGGUUGAAGGCCAACGAGCAGUCCCCAAAUUGGGCUUUUAUGGAGGAAAAGGAUAGAAUUGAGUGGACAGUUUGAAGUGUAUUUGUUACAUACAAUAUUCUGAAUAAAUUUUUUGCAUCAUUAAA